AAAACUUCCUACACUGAGAGAAGGUUUACAUGCCACAAGAAUGUGAGAAAUAGUAGUUUAGCUUAUCACAGAAUGAGAAAAUAAUAGUUUUAAGUUUCUAGCAUUGAAGUGAAUGGGGACAAGAUGGAGAAUCUGGGGCGUUGUCUCCUUCUCCUUCUCCUUCUUCUUCCCUCACUCCAUUGCUGCAUUGACGUGGCACAAAGUAGUUAGUGAGGAUUGGGUCAAAGUAAAGAUGACCUUUUUAGUAAUAGUGAUAGACAUUGGUAAGAAAUAGUAAAUAAGAAAUACGUAGUAAUUAGUAUAAAAGAUAAGGACAGCCCAGCUCGGGGGGAGACGUGAGGAAUCCAUGCAGCUGCGAACAUCUUGUCGGACUCCGAGAAAAUUGUAAGAUAAGAAACAAUAAACGAAGUAUGCAACCUUGAAAAAUCUAAACCUGAGAACUCCGUCUCUUCCUUCGGCUCGGCUCGGAGCUGUGCAGGGGAGCAAAGGACCCUGAAACCACCUCAAUGUUGGGGUUAUUUUACAGGUACCGAGAUCUGGCCCCGCAGCUCGUUCCCCUUGACUACUCCGACAAACCAGCCGUGACACUCCCCUACGAGCUCAUCGGCAGCAUGCCAGAGCUCAAGGACAACCCAUUCCGCCAGCGGAUAGCAGAGGUGUUCUCAGAGCACGGAGACGGCAAUAUGACUUUAGAUGAUUUCUUGGACAUGUUUUCUGUGCUAAGUGAAAUGGCUCCCAGAGACUUGAAAGCUUAUUAUGCUUUUAAAAUUUAUGACUUCAACAAUGAUGAUUACAUAUGCAAAUCAGAUCUAGAGAAAACUGUUAACAGAUUAACCCGAAAUGAACUGACCCCAGAGGAAGUCAGACUUGUGUGUGAAAAGGUGAUUUACGAGGCCGAUGUGGACAACGAUGGCAAGCUGUCCUUGGCAGACUUUCAGCAUAUGAUCGUACGAGCCCCAGAUUUCCUCAGCACCUUUCAUAUUCGAAUCUGAAUCUAGUCAACCACAGGGACGGGAGUGCUUCUGGGACUUUCAACAACUCUUACUUCAUCUGAGAUUACCAACCAUGAGAGCACAAGACGAGAGGGGCAGAGAGGACAACUUCGGGUAACUGAACCAGUCAGAGAACUGUCUUUUGUUUCUCUCUUUAAAAGGAACAGUUAAUUAAUCUCUUCAUCAGGAUUUCCCUGCAAUUUAGCAAAACGUCUACUCCCCACCCUCAGCUAGAGCUGGCCUGGGCAGUCAGAAGAGAAGUAUUUUUUUUAAAGUUCAUGUACCACGAGGUAGUAAAGGAACUUGUAUCAAACUAUAACCUCUAAAAAUCCACUCCAAAAUGCCUUAACUAGUAAAAAAAAAUCCCUUUAGUUUCAAAACCGUAACUCCUCUGAUUAUUUAUAAUAAAUAAUAAAUGGUCCAGUGAAUCAAAUCCUGAAGUAUUCUCCCACAGUGCAGGACUUACAAUGAAAAAGUCAGCGUAGUUUAGAGACAAAAGAGUCUGCCCCAGGUCCUGUCCCCUCUUCUCCAUUUUCAGAAAUCCCCUCUUUUCCACACCCCCCAGGGUCCCUAUGCACAAACGCUGAAUGGGACUGAAAACGUCAAUUUGUAAAAUUCUCUUUGCAUAAGAA